CACAUUAAAGUUUGCCAAGAAAAAUUAGUUCCUGUUUGGCAUUCCCCGUUUUGAAAACAGUUGUUCUGGAAUCCUCCUCAUUUUCACUUGUCACGCGUCAGUAGCGGCAGUCGCUAGUCGGAAACCGCAAGAACAUGAACCUGGGGCCUCGAAUCCUCCUCAUUGCUCUCGUGCUCGUGUUCUGCGCCCCAUUCUCCUCUUCUUCCAAACCCAAGAACCCGCUCCUCGGAAUCGCCCCCGAAGAUGAGAAGUAUUACACGUCUUCCGAUGUAAUACGAUGUAAAGACGGAUCCGGGAAAUUCAACAAGCCGCAGCUCAAUGAUGACUUUUGCGAUUGCGCUGAUGGCACCGAUGAGCCUGGUACAUCGGCGUGUCCGGGUGGGAAAUUUUAUUGUCGGAAUGCAGGACAUGUUCCUGUUUACUUGUUUUCAUCUAGAGUGAAUGAUGGAAUUUGCGAUUGCUGUGAUGGAACGGAUGAAUAUGAUGGUCAAGUAAAGUGUCCCAAUACCUGCUGGGAGGCUGGGAAUGUUGCUCGAGAUAGGCUGAAAAAAAAGAUUGCCACUUAUCAAGAGGGUGCCAAAUUGCGAAAGCAAGAAAUUGAACAAGCUAAAGUAGCUAUGGAGAAGGACGAAGCAGAACUUUCAAAAUUAAAAAGGGAAGAAAGUAUACUUAAAGGGAUUGUGAAACAGCUAAAGGAUCAUAAAGAACUAAUAGAAAAGGCAGAGGAGAAGGAACGAUUACAGAAAGAAAAAGAAGAGAAGCAGAAAAAGCAGUCUGAGGAGAAGGCUAAUGAAGCAAAAGAUACAGCUGAUGAAGAUAUGGGUCAUAGAGAUGAAACUGGAAAGCAUUCGGAUAUUGAAGACAAUGUUGUGGAAAAUAAUCAUGAUAAAAUAGAAAAUCUAGAGGGUUCUCCUGCAGAUCAGGAUGAAGCAGCAGAGAAAUUAGCAGAUGUACUUGAUAAUGAUGAUGAAGCCAGUGGUAGUCUUGGAAGUGCAGGAUCUUUGCUUAAUAAAGUGGAAGAGAAUGCAAAUGAAGCUGAGGAAGAACCGACUGUUAAAUCUGAAAAUGAUUUGAAGGUCGGAAACAAAGAGUCUUCAGAUGAAAUCAUCAAUACGGGGAAUGAUAUAUCUGAAAAUACUGAGGGAUUAUCAAGAGAAGAGUUGGGCCGGCUUGUUGCUUCACGUUGGACAGGAGAAAAUACUGAUAAGCAAAGUGCUGAGCCUGAUACGACAUUAGACAAUGAGGAGCAUGAAGAUCUUCCAAAGGGGACAAAUACUGAGGAGUAUGAAGGCUAUGCUUCUGAAACUGAUGAUGAAAGCCAUAAAUAUGAUGAUGAAGAUGAAAAUGAAAAUGAAAAUGAAAAUGAUGAAGAAUAUCGAGAGGAUGAGCAUGAUGACUUGGGUUCCUCCUACAAAUCAGAUUCUGAUACUGAACCAGACUUGUCAGAUAAUCCUUCUUGGUUAGAGAAAAUACAGAGAGCUGUACUGAAUAUUUAUCAGGCUGUUAAUUUAUUCCAGGCACCGGUGAACCAGACAGAUGCUGCUCGUGUACGCAAGGAAUAUGACGAAUCAAGUGCCAAGUUGACUAAAAUACAGUCUAGAAUAUCGAGUCUGACACAAAAGCUAAAACAUGAUUUUGGUCCAGCAAAGGAGUUUUAUUCAUUCUAUGAUCAUUGCUUUGAGGGAAAGGAGAACAAGUACACUUACAAAGUCUGCCCUUAUAAACAGGCUUCUCAGGAGGAGGGCUAUUCCACCACCCGUUUGGGGCGCUGGGACAAAUUUGAGGAUUCAUACAAAGUAAUGGUGUUUUCGAAUGGUGAUAAAUGCUGGAAUGGUCCUGAUAGGAGUUUGAAGGUCAAGCUAAGAUGUGGGUUGAAAAAUGAGAUUACUGACGUAGAUGAACCGAGCCGUUGCGAAUAUGUAGCUUUAUUAUCUACCCCAGCCCUGUGUCAAGAGGAAAAGCUGAAGGAAUUACAACACAAGCUAGACUUACUGAAUUCUGAACAACCAGAAAAACAUGACGAGUUGUAAACCACAGGAAUGGAUUUUAACAGGUAAUUUGAUGAUCAUAGAGCAACUCCAAAAGUGGUGCCCUUAAAUUUUGUAUGCUAGAGCUUACCCAAAUUUGAUAUCGGGUGGGGUUAGGGAGAGGCUAGGAAGGGGUUUGACUUGGGGUUGGUAAUCCUUAUGGCUGUCCGAGUUGGCAACAUUCUAAUAUGAGUAAUCCCAUUGCACAUUUUUCCUUUAUUGAACUCAAUUACGACACGGUCUCUGUGCCUCUCCUUGAAAUUUUCCAUUCCAUUGCGAAAGGGUGGAUAUUUAUACUAUGCAAGAUAUUAGACGGUCAAAAUUUCUUAAGCCAAUUUUUUUGUUAGAAUGAGUUCACGUUAUUAUUGACUUUCAGAUGGAUAAGUGGUUCCGUUCCUACAAUCUUCAUAUAUACUGAUGUGAUAUGUGGAAUUUGCA